AUUGGUCCGUAUGUAGCACAUGAUCAUUUUGAUAUGCUUACAUCGCGCUUACUCUACACAUCCGUAGACUAGAGUUUAUCUUCUCAGAAAUUUGCCCUUGAUUUGACACUCGUCUUUUGGAAAUCGUUGUGAACAGUUGUGCUUAACGAAAAAUCAAUUUUAACUAUGUCUAAAAUCGGAAUCAACGGAUUUGGCCGUAUUGGUCGUUUGGUACUUCGUGCCGCCAUCGACAAGGGCGCACAAGUUGUGGCUGUAAACGAUCCCUUCAUUGGUCUCGACUACAUGGUCUACUUGUUCAAAUUCGAUUCUACCCACGGCCGAUUCAAGGGAACAGUUGCCGCCGAAGGUGGCUUCUUGGUGGUCAACGGACAAAAGAUUACAGUUUUCUCUGAACGCGACCCCAAGGACAUCAAAUGGGCUAGCGCCGGUGCUGAAUACGUCGUUGAAUCAACCGGCGUGUUUACAACAAUUGAAAAGGCGAGCACUCACUUGGCUGGUGGCGCUAAGAAGGUCAUCAUUUCCGCACCAAGUGCUGAUGCUCCGAUGUUCGUCUGUGGCGUCAAUUUGGAUGCCUACGAUCCAAAAAUGCAAAUCGUUUCCAAUGCUUCGUGCACCACAAACUGUUUGGCUCCAUUGGCUAAAGUCAUUCACGACAAUUUCGAAAUCGUUGAAGGUCUGAUGACCACCGUUCAUGCCACCACCGCCACCCAAAAAACCGUUGACGGACCAUCCGGCAAAUUGUGGAGGGACGGUCGUGGUGCCCAGCAAAACAUCAUUCCAGCUGCCACCGGAGCUGCCAAGGCUGUUGGCAAAGUUAUUCCAGCAUUGAACGGUAAACUCACCGGAAUGGCAUUCCGCGUUCCCGUUGCCAACGUUUCGGUUGUUGAUUUGACCGUUCGCUUGGGCAAACCAGCUCCAUACGAUGUCAUCAAGCAAAAGGUCAAGGAAGCCGCCAAUGGACCAUUGAAGGGCAUUUUGGAGUACACAGAAGAGGAGGUUGUAUCGUCCGACUUCAUCGGCUCCAACAGUUCGUCCAUCUUCGAUGCGGCUGCUGGUAUUCCAUUGACUGAUACAUUUGUGAAGCUCAUCUCCUGGUACGACAACGAAUUCGGUUACUCGAACCGUGUCAUCGAUCUUAUCAAAUACAUGCAGAGCAAGGAUUAGAUCGGCCAAAGUGUUAGGAUUUAAGUCAACAAUCAGACAGUUUGAAAAUUGCAUCAUAAACCCUGUUGAAACACCGGUGAACACCAGCAAGCUAGUCUGAGAGAGAAAAUGAAUUUAUUAUUUUUCAGCUUUUUAUUUUGUAUCCAAAUUGGUCAAAACUUUUCAUUUUUAAAAAACAAAUCAAUAAAAAUUGGUGCGUCCAACGCAUCGUGUAUGUUAAACAUACUGAUAAACACAAAAGUUCAUUUAGGCUAUGUCCAAUAUUAUAAUCACUUAAUGUUAAUUAUGAAUCUAAUUCUUGGCAUUAAAACCGUGUUAUAGAAUACAAAAAUUAGAA